AUGAAGAUGGACUCUCUCACGACCUUUCCAAUACAGGCGGACGAUGACGGAGAUCAAUCACCAGCAUUUUGGACACCGCUGGCGCACACCAUCAAGCUUGAAAGCUACGAGCGGCAGAGUGAUGAACAGGAUGUGAAGAAAUACGUUCAUCAAGCUCAUGCAGCGCUACUUUGGGCUUAUACCGGUGAAGAGGUAGUCAGUUUCGUGGCAGGCACAAGCACGGCAGACGGAAUUCAAGACCUUGCUGUACACAACUAUGAGGUUUCAAUGACGGAAGGAUUGGAAACCCAGUGGUCGCGAUGUCUCAAAGAGAAGCAGCGAACCGCCAUCGAUAUGCUGGUCAGUGGCGGCAGCAUUCUCCUUCAAACGACUUCUGGAAACGCAGACAGCGAAAAAAGCCGCAACGAUAUCGAAUCAAUGACACUUGAGCGAACUCCCCUCCGGAUGGUUUACUCCGCAAACUCAAGCAUAUGCUGCAUAGACAUGGUAGCAUGGUUUGAUCGACGUUGUCUCACCUGGCAGACUAGAGGUCUUACUGAAUUGCAGAUUGAGGAGGUCACACUUCCGGACAAGGAAUUUAUCCACACUUGGAACGGAAAACCACAGGAGCUGGUAGAUCGAUGCAUCCAUGAUUGCGUAGCAGAAAGAGCCACUGAAGAUGGUACCAAGAUUGCCAUUGAUGCCUGGGAUGGCCGUAUGACUCGUGCGGAGCUCGAAGAGGCAGCAAGUAGUCUGGCGAUGAUCCUCGUACAAGCUGCGGUACAGCCUCGCGGCGUGGUGGCAAUACUGCUAGAAAAGUCCAUGUGGGGGAUAGUCGCCAUGCUUGCGGUCAACAAAGCUGGCGCCGGGUUUAUUCUGCUGGAUCCCUCUCUUCCUGCAGAACGACUGAAGAUCAUGGCGAAUCAGCUGUCCACGACUCAUGUGAUUACUACAAAGAAUCACAUGACUGUGGCAUGCACACUGGCAUCGAUAGUCGUUACGCAUUCUGGAGGAGGUGAUUUUCGGGUGACAGAUACCGAGAGUACUUGUCAAAAGCAGAGCACUUCGAACAAACUCCCAUUGGUCUCUCCUACGGAUUCAGCGUUCUAUAUCUUCACAUCAGGGAGCUCAGGCAUACCAAAAGCGAUAAUUAUCUCUCACAAUGCAUGGGUAACAACAUGCGGCGAAGGCUACCAGUACGGUAUCGACGAGUCAAGCAGAGUACUCCAGUAUGCUUCCUGCAGUUUCGUCGUCGCAAUUCUUGACAUUACAGUGACCCUGAUAGCUGGCGGGACUGUACUCAUUCCCGGCAAGGAAGAACGUAUGAACGAUCUGAGUGGCGCAAUACGACGGCUUUGGCCGAAUUAUAUUUGUAUGACGCCUUCAGUUGCUAAGAUCUUGGAGCCACACGAGGUUCCCAGCAUACAGACUCUCGUGUUAGUUGGCGAGCCUAUCCCAUCAGCCUUGGGUCGAAAGUGGUUGGCGGUCGAUACGGUCACACUUCGAAAUGGGUACGGCCAGAGCGAGGCCUGCAGCAUGAAUAGCACCGCCGUUCUGAACAAUGACACAAGUCUUCGCAGUAUUGGCAGAAGCAGCUGGUUGAACUACUGGAUCGUGGAUCCAGCAGACCACAAUCGUUUGAUGCCCGUCGGCGGCGUAGGAGAAUUGCUCCUUGAAGGCUAUAGUAUCGCGCAAGGCUAUCUGGAACAGCCUGAGAAGACCGCAGCGGCUUUUAUUCAAGCGCCUGCAUGGGCAACAAGUAUGAGCGCAGGACUAGAUGGCCGGAAGUGGUACAAGACUGGUGACCUCGUCCAGUAUCAAGAGAAUGGUGAUAUACAUCUCUAUGGCCGCAAAGAUUCACAACUUAAGGUCAAUGGUCAGCGGGUUGAGGCGGCCGAUAUUGAGAGUCAAAUCACGAACGCCUUCCGUGGAGAGAUUGAGCAAGUUGUGGUUGAUCAGGUCGGGUCUGAACCGUCGCGAAACUUGGCAGCUUUUAUCAAGCUCAGGGCAUGUGAGGGACCCUGCACAGUCGAAGAUAUACGGGCUCAGGUACAUGCUCGUUUGGAUCCCCUCGUGCCAGCAUGGAUGGUGCCGAACCACAUUGUCCUAGUGUCGGCUAUGCCUCGUACAGCCACAGGCAAACUUGAUCGGCGGACUCUCAAACAAAGAUGUGAGAAUGAUUUGCAAAACUCACAGCGGCUCGAGAAAUCAGAGAACAAAUCCGGAAUCGAAUCGCAGGUUCCAGAAGGAACGGAUGAUGACCCUGCCAUCACGGAUCUUAUCUCGCUAUGCAGCCAAGUGCUUCGCAUCGAGGAGAACGAUAUCUCAAGCCAGAGCAAUUGGACAAAGCUCGGCGGAGACUCUUUGAACGCAAUGAAGCUCGUCAAAAAUGCGAGAGAUUCUGGGGUCCAUUUCACCACAGUAGAUCUCAUGAUGGGAAAAACAUUAGCUGAAUUGUGCGCAUCUGGUUCCGAUGCGUCAGCGAUACGGCGCGUUGAUGGCGAACCCGCACAGCCGGCGCAGAAGGAUCUACCACUCACGGACUUCCAGAGCCACUACAUGGCACCAGGUGGUGGCUCAGAGAGAGGCCAUCUGUACAAGUAUCGCAUUGUUCUCCGAGGUAAUUUUGAUAUCACGGAACUCCAGCGAGCAGUAUAUUUAUGGUUCGAAAAGCUUGAAGCGCUGCGUCUGUCGUUCCGAAGAGAUACCUCAGGACAAGCAGUUCAGUCUGUCAUCGAACCUGAUCAGGCAACGUGGCGAUCUCGAAUCAUUCUGGAGGGGAAGAAUCAGACUUCUGGCGAUCCAGCUGCCCAGAAUGAUUUCUUCGCAGAUCCGAUUCUUGUUGUGCUGCAUGGCAGUGAUCAGACAGCACAUUCAGGUACUUGCAUGUCUCUCUACAUCAAUCAUUGCAUCUUCGACGGCACCUCAGUAAAUCAUAUGUUCCGGGAUCUUGCCACUUGCUAUGUUCACGCAAGCGUGAGCUCACGACCAAGCUUCUUGCAGUAUUUGAAUCGCCGACUGCUUCAGCGACGUGAGAGUUCGCUCGUGUACUGGGAACAUAUGCUCAAGGGUUCCCGCCCAACCCUUUUGCGAAGCGACAUUGAAGGAUCACAGAAAAGCGCCUCCGAUCUGGCCACAAGGACGGUAUUCCGAGUCUCGUAUCUGGCAUCGAGGGAGCGGAUGGACGCAUCAGUCUCGACCCUGGUCUACGCUGCUUGGUCGCUAGUCUUGAGUGUUCUUUCAGGCCGCUCUGAUGUGGUGUUCUUAUAUCUCGUUCACGGCCGAGACGAGGACAUCACGGGGAGCGAUGCCAUUGUUGGCUGCUGCGUGAGUGAAGUGCCCUGCCGAGUGCAAUUCAAGGACUCCAUGUCAUUGGGGAAUGUCGUCCAUCUGGUCCAGGCUCAGAUCCUAAGCUCAAUGCCUCACGCUCAUCUCGGCUCACAGACGAUCGCGACCCAAUGCACCGACUGGCCGGAUGAGCAUCGAAGUUAUGAUCAUAGCAGCCUGAUCGUACAUCAGAAUGUGCCCAUAGAACAGAACCUGGCCGUGGGCGAUUAUGGAUAUAUGGAUAUUCAUCAAGCGGAGGCUGAGCAUAGAAUGACUUAUGAUUUCGACUUGUUGACCACAUCUUCGUCGGCGAACGAGCUUUCCUUCACGAUCAAAUGUCUCGAAGGACUUUACAGCGACGAGGAGCUUUCUGCCGUCGCGGAGGCGUUCUUGCUGGCAAUCAGGAUGAUUUUGGGGGCCGAACUGAGAGUGCCAGAUGCCUUGGAGCGCAUCCAGGAGAUACCGAGUCUUCCAUUAGUGGCUCCAUGA